CAGACAUGGACCUGAUCCAGGAUAUUGAUUACCCAACUCACAGUGGGAGUCACACAUUCGAUAUGUCCUGGAGCAGUGGUCAUGUGGAAUUGGAGGAUGAAACCAUCAGUUCCUUGUCAUGGACAGAUUAUUUCUUGUUAACCUUGGAGAGGGGUGGCCUUAUAAAUUCUUUAAAUCAAGCAAUCAAUCAAAACUCCUCAAAUUCUUAUUCCUGAUUUCACAUUCCCAGGACAGCCUUGGUGGCAACAGUAAGACUGCUAUGGUUGCUACUGUCAGUCCAGCAGCAGAUAAUUAUGAUGAGACACUUUCUACCCUGAGGUACGCGGACCGGGCCAAGAACAUUGUGAACCAUGCUGUGGUCAAUGAAGAUCCCAAUGCCCGAAUCAUCCGAGAGCUGAGGGAGGAGGUAGAAAAACUCAGGGAACAGCUUACCAAAGCAGAGGCUAUGAAAUCUCCAGAACUGAAGGAACGUUUGGAAGAGUCUGAAAAACUUAUCCAGGAGAUGACAGUAACCUGGGAGGAGAAGCUCAGGAAGACGGAGGAGAUUGCACAGGAACGGCAGAAGCAACUUGAAAGUCUUGGCAUCUCUCUUCAAUCAUCUGGGAUCAAAGUGGGUGAUAACAAGUGCUUUCUGGUGAAUUUGAACGCUGACCCUGCACUCAAUGAACUUUUGGUCUACUAUUUAAAGGAGCACACACUCAUUGGAUCUGAUAAUUCCCAAGAUAUACAGCUCUGUGGAUUGGGGAUUCUUCCUGAACACUGUAUAAUAGAUAUCACUGUGGAUGGACAAGUCAUGUUGACACCUCAGAAGAAUACUAGGACAUUUGUGAAUGGUACGGCUGUUGUAGGUCCCACACAACUACACCACGGUGAUAGAAUUUUGUGGGGAAACAAUCACUUCUUCCGGCUGAAUUUGCCAAAAAAGAAAAAGAAAGUAGAAACGGAGGAUGAAGACAAAGAUAGUUCAAUGAAAGGAAGUAACAGCUCUGAACAGCUGGAUUUAGAUGGAGAUAGCUCCAGUGAGGUAUCCAGCGAGAUCAGCUUCAACUAUGAAUAUGCCCAGAUGGAGGUGACUAUGAAAGCUCUUGGUGGAAAUGAUCCAAUGCAGUCGAUUUUACAAAGUCUAGAGCAACAGCACGAAGAGGAGAAGCGGUCGGCCCUGGAGCGGCAGAGGCUUAUGUACGAGCACGAACUAGAACAGCUCCGAAGGCGCUUGUCUCCAGAGAAACAGCAUUUCCGCACCAUGGACAGGUUUUCCUUCCAUUCUCCCAAUGCGCAGCAACGUUUACGGCAAUGGGCGGAAGAGAGAGAAGAGAUGCUGAACCACAGCUUGCGGAAACUGAGGGAGCAGAUUAUGAAGGCCAACUUGUAUGUUAGAGAAGCCAGUUUCAUUGCAGAAGAGAUGGACAAAAGAACUGAAUACAAGGUCACUCUCCAAAUCCCAGCCUCAAGCCUUAAUGCAAACAAAAAGCGAGGUGCCGUGCUUAGUGAGCCAGCCAUUCAGGUGAGACGAAAAGGGAAAGGCAAACAAAUCUGGUCCCUGGAGAAGCUGGAGAACCGAUUGGUUGAUAUGCGAGACCUCUAUCAAGAAUGGAAGGACUGUGAGGAGGACAACCUGGUCAUGAGGUCUUAUUUCCGGCGAGCAGAUCCUUUUUAUGAUGAGCAAAAGAACCACAGCCUCAUUGGAGUGGCCAAUGUCUUUCUCGAGUCUCUCUUUUAUGAUGUGAAGCUGCAGUAUGCUGUGCCCAUCAUCAAUCAGAAAGGAGAAGUAGCAGGUCGCCUGCAUGUUGAAGUGGUACGUGUGAGUGGAGACAUUGGGGAGAGAAUUGCAGGAGGUGACGAUGGCUUGGAGGGCUGCUUCGAGAAUGAUCUACAGGAGCACAAGUUAGUGUGCAUGAUUAAAAUCCUUCAAGCUACUGGUUUGCCUCAGCAUCUCUCCAAUUUUGUGUUCUGCAAGUAUUCUUUCUGGGACCAACUGGAACCUGUGAUAGUGGCCCCUGAAAUGGAUCCCUCUCUGUCUCCCAUCAGCAAGGAACCACGGUGCAUGGUUGUCUUCGAUCAUUGCAAUGAAUUCUCUAUCAAUAUUACUGAAGAUUUUAUGGAAUAUCUUUCUGAUGGUGCCCUAGCCAUUGAAGUAUAUGGACACAAACAGUGUGAUCCUCGCAAAAAUCCAGCAUUGUGGGAUUUAGGAAUAAUUCAAGCCAAAACACGAAGCCUCCGAGACAGGUGGAGUGAGGUCACCCGCAAAGUGGAACUAUGGGUUCAGAUUCUGGAACUCAAUGAGAAUGGAGAAUACUGUCCAGUAGAAGUAAUUCCAGCAAAGGAUGUACAUACAGGUGGCAUUUUUCAGCUCAAGCAGGGCCAGUCGCACCGAAUCCAAGUGGAAGUGAAAUCUGUACAAGAAUCAGGAACAUUGCCUCUCAUGGAAGAAUCCAUCUUAUCUGUAGCAGUGGGCUGUGUGCAGAUCAGACAUAUCAAGUCACCAAAAAGUUAUGAAAAUUAUCAGGAAGAAGAUGAUGACAUGGACAGUUAUCAGGACAGAGAUCUAGAGAGGCUGCGCAGGAAAUGGUUAAAUGUUCUUACAAAACGCCAAGAGUACCUAGAUCAACAGUUGCAGAAACUUGUGGGAAAGCCUGACAAAUCAGAAGAUGAUGUUGAUCGAGAAGCUCAGCUGUUAGAGAUGAGGUUGACCCUUACAGAAGAGAGGAAUGCUGUAAUGGUGCCAUCUGCUGGCAGUGGGAUCCCUGGAGCACCUGCUGAGUGGACACCAGUGCCUGGUAUGGAGACACACAUUCCAGUCAUUUUCCUUGAUUUAAAUGCAGAUGACUUCAGCUCUCAGGAUAACCUUGAUGAGCCAGAAGCUGGUGGCUGGGAUGCUACUCUUGUUGCUGAAGAUGAAGAUGAAUUCUUUGAGUUACAAGUUGUAAAGCACCAUGAGAGUGAGGUGAAAGCUGAAGCUUCCUGGGAUUCCACAGUUCACAACUGUGCACAGCUUAGCAGAGGAACAUCUGCAGAGCAGAGAGUCUUCCUGAUUGUGAGAGUGACAGUACAGCUGAGCCAUCCCGCAGAAAUGCAGCUUGUCCUUCGUAAGCGGAUCUGCGUCAAUGUCUAUGGCAAACAGGGUUUUGCUCAGAGUUUUCUGAAAAGAAUGUCUUACCGGAGUUCUGUACCUGGCUGUGGAAUCACUUUUGAAAUCGUUUCAAAUAUCCCAGAGGAUGCUCAGGGGGUAGAGGAACGUGAGGCAUUAGCAAGAAUGGCGGCCAACGUAGAAGAUGCAGAUUCUGCUGCUUCUGAAGUCCAUAUAGAAAAAUACCUUCGAAGUGUGUUGGCUGUAGAGAACAUCCUUACUCUUGAUCGGUUGCGCCAGGAGGUUGCUGUAAAGGAACAGCUAACAGGCAAAGGAAAACUUUAUCGGAAGAGUCUCAGUUCACCAAAUGUCAAUCGACUAUCUGGAAGUCGCCAAGAUCUAAAUCCAUCAUACAGCCUUGCUUCUUACAAAUGUCCCAAGGUCGUGGCAGAGAGUCGAUGGGAAAGCCAGCAAGAUAUAUCUCAGAUUUCAACAGAUUCCAGGUCCACAAGUCUCUGUGGUUCUACUCAGCAAAAUGGCUCUACAGACCAAGGACUUGGUAGCCUGGCUGCCUCUUACUUGAAUCCCGUGAAGUCCUUCGUGCCUCAGAUGCCAAAGCUGCUCAAAUCUCUGUUUCCUGUUAGAGAUGAAAAGAAGGGCAGGCAGACAUCUCCCCUUGCUCAACAGCCAGUCCCACGAAUUACAGUUCAGCCUGCCAGCAUUGAUGCCAGUCCUGCAAAAGCCCAACAGGUUACCCAAGGACAAGGGAGCAAAGAGCCUUUUGAGGUGGCUAUGCAGUUGACAGAGUUGGAGAAGAACCUUGAAAGAUCAACCGAAGUGCCUUUACAGCAGUCCACAGUGGACAUCCAAGCACAGGACUCUCAGGAGGGGCCACCAAGUCCCUUGAGUGAAGCCUCCAGUGGGUACUUCUCACACAGUGUUUCUACAGCAACCCUUUCUGAAGCACUUGCACCAGGAAGUGACCCCCACCUUCAAGCCAGUAAUCAGACCUCCACCACAAAUGAUCCCCCCCAAAUUUCAACAACUGCUAAGGUGGUGUCUGCAACAGAGGGUCAUAAAACAUGUUCUGAUUUAGCUUCUCAGUGUUGCCAUUCUCUUUCAAAAAGGGAUCCAGUUACCCCUGGCCUUAAAUGCGAUCAAGUAGACAAGGACAAUGAGAAAGUCAGCCAAAAUGGCAACUUAAAAUCCAGGUCUGUUACUUCUUCCAUUACUCUAAAUGAAGAUCAGGUUUUUACCUCCCUAGUUACUGAGGAUAAAGACUGCUGUUCUCUCUCUCCUACUAAGAAACAAACAGAAUUGACACACACACCUGUCACUCUACCAACAGAGAGCCCUCCUUCUGUUGCAAAGGAGGCCAGUCUGGCUUCUGUUUAUGAAACAGGACCUUCAAAGGCUCAGGUUAUGGUUAACCUGUCUCCUCAGUCCAACGCUGCAAAUUCUCCAUUCAAAAUCCAAAGAGUACGAACAUCAGAACUCAAGUCCUUCUCCAGCAUGUUGAGUGGGGAACCAGGAGCUUCUUUGUGUUCAGAAGAAAAGAACAGACAGAAUUCAGAAGGAUCAGACCAGAACAAUGGCACAGUUGCUGGUUCUGAGGAGAAACUGGAUGCAGCAGCAUCUGACUCAGAAGAAGCAAAUGAACUCCCAUAUUGGCUGAAAGAAGGUGAAUAUGUAACUGUUGGUACAAAUAAAAUGGGCACCGUGAGAUAUGUUGGUCCAACAGACUUCCAGGAAGGAAUCUGGGUUGGAGUCGAGUUGGAUUUGCCAUCAGGUAAAAAUGAUGGCUCCAUUGAAGGCCGGCAGUAUUUCAAAUGCAAUCCAGGCUAUGGGCUCCUUGUGAAGCCAAGUCGGGUCAGAAGAGCCACAGGGCCUGCAAGGCGCCGGAGCACUGGAGUGAAACUACAGAGCACAACUGGGCCUGAGCACCGGCAUAGUGGCACUUUUUCAGGCUCUGCCUCCAAUUUGGCUUCUUUGGCGGCUCUAGCCAAGACAGAAGGAGGAUCAGUUCCACGGCCUGAGAAGAGUAAAAGGAAUACAGAAAACAGGAAAUCAUGGGCUACUUGAGAGAGCAUUUCCCAGCGGGCGAGUCAGCCUGGCUCGCAACACUACUGUGUGAAGCUGACCCUUCCUUCCUUCCUUCCUUCCUUCCUUCCUUCCGUCCUUCCUUCCUGAAUGGCCUUAACUUUGCACAACUAAGCCAGUUUGGAGGAAAUGGUUGAUAUGUGUCAGAGUGUAUGCGUGUUCUUGACUUACUUUACUGAAAUGUGUUGACCGUUGUCAUGAUGGAGUAACAUGAGACUCUUGAUGCAAAUGGUGGCCUUUCCCAGGGUGUUUUUCCAGAUCUCUCCUUCCAUUCCCCAGCCAUUCAGGGGAAGUCAUGUAUAAGAAAUGUUGGCAGGACUUAUUUUCUAGAAAGAAUGCCAAAUGCUGCUUACUAUCAAAAUUCGUCACUCCAAGGCUCAUCUUUAAACCACAGCAAACCAAUGAGAAUCAUAGAAUUGCAGCCUAUUGGAAAUACUGCCUAAGUCUUGUUUCAUGAUCUUUCAACUAUUCUUAUUGAUAUCAGUGGGAAAAUAUUGUUCCUCACUGUACUGGAAUGAGGACUGGGGACUAACCUACAUGCACAUUGCUUUUCCUUUCCCUUUUAGUCAGUGAUUACAGUCUAAUAUUGUAUAUCUGGCCUUUUCUAUUUAAAUAGGAGAGUAAAUGGAAGAAGGCUUUGAUUUUUUCUUUUCUGUUUGUUUAUUGUUGUUAUUAUUACUGUUGUUAUUAUUCUCAGCAUUCCCUUCAGUGCUGUUGUAUUUAUAAAGUAAACCCCAGCAUUUGGCAUUCUUUGCCUUUGUUUCAAUAACAUUAUAAUGCAAAGAGGGAAUUCAAAGGUAGGGUGGGCCUUCCUUAUGAUUUGGAUUUAACCAGUGAUAAACGUGGUUAAACUAUGCUUGUCCAUGUUGCUAGUGCUGUAUAUUUAUUUGUUAUUUAUUGCUUUCUUUUAAAAGAAGCAUAGGGAAUCCCUUGCGACUUACAAUCAACCCACCGCCUACCAUUGCACAGAAACACACACGGUUCAGGGUAAUCAGCUUCUUUCCAUAUACUCAAACUGGCUUCUUCCUAUGGAAGAAGAGGGUGAAUUCAAAAUGAAUAUAUGCUAUAUAUGUCUGCAGGAUUUUGAGGUCACAACUUGAAUGGUCUGCAUAAUUUCCAUGGCUGCAAUUGGAUCUUAUCUGCAUAACUUUCAGCCAGAAAUGGCUUCUCAAUGGCUUGAAAAUCUCUUUUCGAAAAGUCCCAUCAGGGAGCUAAAAAAAAAAAAAGGAGGGGGGUUUGCAGGGAUAGCUUUGUUGCCCAAAUAGAAUGAGGUUCAGCAGUUUUUAAAAUGAGGGCAGUAGCUCAGGGGUGAAUCAGAUGCUUUGCCUGCAAGAGGUUCCAGGUUGAACCCAGCAACUACACACAGUCUUGAGAAAGGUCCUUGCUCAAAACUCUGGACAAUCAUUGCCAAGAAGCAGUGUUAGAUGGGCCAGGGAUUUGGCCCUGGGUAAUCUGGCUUCUGAUGCUCCUGUGAAGGAGGUGCAGCUGAUGCAAGAAUGUCCAAAGCAGAAUGGUUAGGAACUGAGCAAAGGGAUUCUGUGGAGAAGGUUAGGCAAUGGCAGACACCAUGGCAGACACCUUCGAGGAUGCCAAUGAGAGGAAAAAUCUUCUGGCUCCAGAGGUGUAGCUAGCCACCAAAAGAAAAGACAACAUAGACUGAGAAUGAGGAGAGCUGGAGGACUAUCUAAGGGCUUGCUUAGCAACAUACAAAUUCUCAUGACCUAUAUUUUUCUACCCUCCUUCCAUACACUGCUAAUAGACUCUCUUUGCAGUGGGUGGGUUUAAGAAAUUGAUCUAACUAUUACAUCUUAAAUGAUUUCCUUCUGUACUAAUCUGAUUUUCUAACUGAAGAAAACUGUUUUCGAAUUAAAACUGCAACUAAGGAUAACAAGGAAAUUGGCAGCAAAGCCUAACAGUAUCUAGAGAGCUUUCUUCUUCUUGCUUUCUUCAUGUAUAUGGAACUGGAAUAUUUUAUGGUUGCAUAACAUUAACAUGAUUACAGGUGGUCUUUCGUUCCAACAAAAGAAAAAUCAAAAUUUUUGAAACCUUAAGGCCUUGGUGCUGAUCCAGGCAGAAUGAAGUACAUUGAAGCCUUGUUGAAAUCAAUGUACUAAUGAUGUUCUCAGACUUCUGCCCUCCUUCAGGACUGUUUUAUUGGAUGGGUGAAAAACACUAAAGCAAUAGUUAAGCACGGCCCUUCUUAACUACAACUUGGACGGCUAUUUUCUGAUUAACUGCCUACUGUUGUAUUUUCAUAUUUUUGAUGUGCAGGCCUUUUGCAAGUCUUUUACAUGCACUUUAUCCUAAUGGAAAACGGAGCUAAUCCCACAAGGAAUGUUGGCAGCCUGUAGGCAAUUCCUAGUUCCUUUAGACUAGUGAUUCUCAAAUGUUUUCAGUCCAUACUGUAGAACCUGUUAGUUAAAAAAGGAAGCAAAACAGAAUCUCUACCAAGAGACAAAGCUCCAGUGAUAAAAAACUGGCUGCAUGUGAGUGAACCUUUUUUUCCCUUUUUGCCCUUAGCCUCUCAUAGAACCCCAUCAGGUUUUCAUGGAACGCAGUUUGAAAAACCCUGCUUUAGAUAACUUGUAGGUUUGGGUUCACUGUAGUCCCUCUCACCUGCUCUCUCUCCAUCCCCAGUGCUGAAUCGCAAACCACUUCUUCCUCCAACAACUUAAUCUAUAUUUUAUUCAGCAACCAAGGCACACUAUCUAUAAUGCAGGAUAGCUUUCAAUAAUUAUUGGAAAGAACAGUGGAGAAAGGAAAUAAUCAAGAGAGUGUUGAUCUAAAAGCCAUGCUGAGAGGGUAAAGAGAUUCCCACUGGUUUCCUGGACUGGAAGUGCAAUCUUUAUAAGACUGGGCCUUCUUUUCAAUAGUGAGAUUCUUCUCUCCUUCCCUCCGCCCCACCUUCCCCAAGUUAAAACCUAUUUCUGUUCGUAAAGCAAAUGGAAUGGGGUUGAAUCUUGUGGAAUAAGCAAAGAGUUUUCCUCAGGUUGAGUAAUGACGAAGCUGUGUUAACAAAGGUGAUUUUCAUGCUCUUUGGUGUCCAAAUGAGUUUUGAAAUAUUGCUUAUGUUAUGCUCGUGCUGCUUAGGAAAGAAUAUACUUUUUUGUUUCCGUCCAUUAAGUUCUAAAGCAAAAGCUUUCUCCUUCUGAAGUGCUCUACUAAAACCACCAUCCCAGACUUCUCUGUAACUAAGAAGUCUGUCUUAAGCAUUAAAAUAUUUCAAAAUAUUCUGAGCAGUGGAAAAUGUUACCUAAUUGACUAACUACUGUAUUCCUUUUGGCACAUGAUUUGCAUCAAACAACUUUAAGCAAAAACUUUAGGAUGGCUGUGAUAGGCAUCUGUGACGCUGCUUUGCAAGAAAUGACAUGUAAUCCCAAUAACCACAGCUGAUUUCAUUUUAACCAAGCCACACUAUGGUGCCUUAGUUCAAAAGCUGGUUGUCUAUUACCGCUCCCACAUGCCUACUGCUUCCCUCACUUCGCAUGGCAGUUCAUUUCAUAUAGUAAGUUCAUUUUUUUGGUCUGUAUGGUUCAAUUCUCCAUUCUGAAUGUUUUAGUUGCCUUCACCUUUGUUUGUCAAAUGUUUGUUCCUUUGUGGAAAAGAUUUGAAAGACUGGAAAUUGGUGAAAAAACACAUGAUGAGCAUGUGCACCAUACAGCCUUCAUAAAGGGGCUGUGAUAUGUCAGUCUGUAAAAUGUCCGAGCCAGAGACUGACCAUAUCAUGUGAUGGGCAACGUUAGUAUGUCAGCCAUGUAGUUGGAACAGCUCCUUCUGGUGAAACUAGGGUAAUGGCUCUGUUUGGAAAUUGCCCUUACAGUAUACAAAAUUCCUUUCUUGAGAUAGUCUGUAUGGAAUCGUAGCUGAAAUGCUCAAGUUAGGAUCUAAGUUCAAACUCCCACUUAACCCCAAAGUUUACUUGGCAGCAUGGGAGACCUCUGUGUGAUCUUCAUGUAAUUGGAUGGUUGUCGCUUUUUUCAAGGCAAGAUGGGAUUUAAAUUAAAUAAAUCAAUGCAAAAUUAUAUAGUUCUCUUUUAUGUAAGACUUCCUUUUAUAUUAGCACACACUCUUUUGAUAACUGGUGCUGAUUAAUGUGAUUUCUUACUAUUGCAUCCAUUAAUUUGGCACCCUUACAUGAUACGCAAUGUUUAGUCAUGGUAAUUGGGACUCAGUGGAAUGUAAGAUCCCUGCAUGAUUCUAAGGAAUAAUCCUAUCUUAGGCUCUGCUUUAAAAGUAGGAAUAAAGAUUCUUCAUGGCAGAUGCAACCUCUCUUUUUACGCUGUUCUCACACAGUUCCUUUUCAGUGUCACAAUUGCCUUGACUGUCUUUUGGGCAGAAAAGUGGGAUAAAAAUAAUAAUAAUUUGUAUCAGCAUUUUUAAGAGAUUUUUACUGAGAUAAGGCCAAAAACCACAUGGAAUUCUUUAUUCAACAUGAUGGUACUCACAGGACCUCUCAUGACUGUCAGCACUGUGCAUCUAACCUAGCUUAUAGGUCUCAGUUAAGGUAUCCUGAAAGACCUACGAGCAGAUAAGCUGAUCUUUGGAGAGGGGGGUUUACUUUCCAAGUGAGUCUAUCCACUAGGUUACCAAAAGCAUUUGAUUGCCUGGACACUAACCUCCUGUUUUGGAGCAGCUUUUUCUCAAUUGUCUUUUCUGUUGAUUUGUCAUUUUGUAAAUGUUGGGAGCCUGUAUAUAAAGAACAGAUGUUUAGACUGGUUUUCAGAAGUAUUGUUGGUUGUACCUUUUUAAAAUAUGCUAAAAUCCAAAGAUUCUUGUAAUGAAAUGUAAAGUUUGUAAUGCUCUCUCUUGUAUUAUAUACUAAACUUGUAAUAUUGUACCAUAUCUGUGACAAAUGUUACCUAAAUAAAAUACCUUCCUUCUGUCAA